AUGCGGACGCUGAAAUGGUUCCUGUUUCUGCCUCUGUGCAUCUCUUGCACCUGCGCCUUCAUAUUUUCUUCGCUGAGGGAGAAAGCCAAAGAAAGCCCAGGGAAGGUGCCUUGUGGAGGACAUUUCCGGGUUAGACAGAAUCUUCCAGAGCACUCCCAAAGCUGGCUUGGGAGCAAAUGGCUCUGGCUUUUUUUCGUCAUUAUGGUAUAUGUGGUGCUGAAAUUUCGAGGAGACAGCGAGAAGGAUAAGGAACAGAAUCCUACUGGCCCUCGAAGCUGUCAAUUUCGCUCUCCACCGAAGAAAAAUCAAAGUAUUUCCCCCAGCAAAGAUUUCACUUUCAAUACUUUAACCCAGCUCGAGAUAGAACUGGUGAAAUUUGUGUCCAAGGUGCGGAAUCUUAAAGUCUCCAUGGCAGCCAGCAGUAGCUCCAGGCUGCAUAGCCCAGAGAUAUCCAUGGACCCACGCGAUAACGUCACGAUAUACGAGAUAUGGGGAGAGGAGGACUCUGAGUGA